CUCGAUCCCAGUGAUGCAUGAAACGAAGGCUACCUCUUAAAAUGAAUAUAAUUGUUUUUUAAAAAUCUGAUAGAUGGCUCAGGAGGCUGGAACCGAGAAGGCUGCUCUGUCAGGAACAGCACAGAUAAUGAGACUGUCUGUGUCUGCAACCAUCUCACCUGCUUUGGUGUUCUACUGGACAUGUCCAGAACGGGCAUAACCAGUUGUCUCCAGGCCACAAUCCUCACCUACAUCACCUACAUUGGCUGUGGUAUCUCCGCCAUCUUCCUCUCCAUCACUCUGCUCACCUACCUGGCAUUUGGGAAACUGCGUAAGGACAUCCCAUCUAAGAUCCUGAUCCAGCUGUGUGUGGCUCUGUUGUUUUUGAACCUGGUGUUCCUGGUGGAUGGUUGGCUGGCCCUCUACCCUGACGCUGUGGGCCUCUGCAUCUCCACCGCCUGGUUCCUGCACUACUUCCUGCUGGCUUCUUUCACCUGGAUGGGCCUGGAGGCCGUCCACAUGUACCUGGCCCUCGUCAAGGUCUUCAACACAUACAUACCACGUUACAUGCUCAAGUUCUCGCUCCUUGGCUGGGGAACUCCACUCCUUGUGGUCAUUGUCGUCAUUGCUGUUGACGUGGACAACUACGGACUAGUUGGCUACGGGAAGUACGUAGAUGGCUCCGGCACAGAUGACUUCUGCUGGCUGAAGAACGACAUUGCCUUCUACGUAACCGUUGUGGCUUAUUUCUGUGUCAUCUUCCUGAUGAAUCUCGUCAUGUUUGCGGUAGUGAUGGUUCAGCUGUGUCGGAUAAAGAGGCAGAACCCCGACAACAAGAGGCACCGUAACGGGCUGCAGGACCUGCGCAGUGUGGUUGGAGUCACAGUACUCCUGGGUCUCACCUGGGGCUUUGCCUUCUUCGCCUGGGGGCCCGUCAACCUGCCCUUCAUGUACCUCUUUUGCAUCUUCAACUCCUUUCAAGGGUUCUUCAUCUUUGUGUUCCACUGCGCAGUGAAGGAGAACGUGAGGAGGCAGUGGAGGACUUAUCUCUGCUGUGGUAGACUGAGAUUGGCGGAGAACUCAGAGUGGAGCCGCACCGCAACACAGAAGACAGGGAAGAAGUCAUUGCCAGUGACCAGAGCCACGUCCCUCCACUCCGACAACUCCUCCCAGUUCAACAAUUCCUCCAUCUUCUCCUUCUUGUCCAAUGACUCCUCAGAGCGACCCAGUGGAGGAAUAGGUAGUCCAUUUAAUGACAGAUCCAUCACUGCCCUGGAAGAGCCCAACUCAGACGUGGUCCUCAACGAGAUAAACAGCCAGUUUAGGAGUCCGAGUUCGAGAGCACCCUGACACCUGUGAAAAACUAGGGGCUCUAUUCAAUCUGUAUCACUGAAGAUCACUUUACAGAUUGCGCAAUAGAAAUAUCAAGGUAAUUUCCGAUUGCGCCGACAUAUGCAGCGUUUACCGUGAAUGCCGUCUUGGUUAACGCGGGAACGUUGCCUUUAAAUUUCAAUCACGCUGUAACGCUAAACUUCUGCGAUACGGAUUGAAUAGAGGCCUCCGGGUAGGCUGGUGGGGAAGGGACACGGUGUGACACGGUGUGUUUCAUAAUAGUUUUGAAGAAUAUAUGAAAUAGUUGCAUGUUAGUGUUACAUUUUGUAGUUUAACGGAAAGGUGUGACAGAUCACCCUGAAGAGAUGGGACAUCACCAAAGAACUUGCAUGCUCAUGGAUUCCAUCUGGUUGACCUGGCAAUACUAUCAUGAACUCGCCUGGGCUGGCACCUAUGAUUGUGAAUAAUGCAUGUACUGAAAGGGUAUCUAGCACAGAGAAAAACCCCACUCAUAGAUCCUCAUGAGGUGCAUCCUUUGACCGCAUUCUACAUACUUAAUUUUUUGCUCUGCAUUCUUCAGAUAAAUGAAGGUUAAAUGAAGGUUAAAUUUAAAAAAUUUACAAAAAUAAGUUAAUACCAACACUGUGUCACUAUCUGUUUUCAUCUUUAAGAUGUAGCUCUUUUAUACUCUAUUCAGAAUCAAGAUAUUUUCAUGAGAUGUACAGUACCAGUCAAAGUUUGGACACACCUACUCAUUCCAGGGUUUUUCUUUAUUUUUAC